AUGAUGGAUUUUCUUAUCGUUUUUCUUUUACUUUUUAUUGGGACUUCAGAGACACAGGUUGAUGUUUCCAGUGCUGUUCCUGGUACUGGGUAUGAAGUAACCAUCUCUUCAACUUCUGCUACGACAUACAGCUCACCGGUCAGUAGAACAGCCACUACGAAUGUAACAAAACCAGGGCCUCCCAUCUUCUUAGCAGGAGAAAGAGUCGGAUCUGCUGGGAUUCUUCUCUCUUGGAAUACGCCACCUAAUCCAAAUGGAAAGAUUAUAUCCUACAUUGUUAAAUAUAAGGAAGUUUGCCCAUGGAUGCAAACAGCAUAUACACAAGUUAGAGCAAAGCCUGACAGUCUGGAAGUUCUUCUUACUAAUCUAAAUCCUGGAACAACGUAUGAAAUUAAGGUUGCUGCUGAAAACAGUGCUGGCAUUGGAGUGUUUAGUGACCCAUUUCUUUUCCAAACUGCAGAAAGUGCUCCAGGAAAAGUGGUGAAUCUCACAGUUGAGGCCUUCAACUAUUCAGCGGUAAACCUGAUUUGGUAUUUACCUCAGCAACCAAACGGCAAAAUUACCAGCUUCAAGAUUAGUGUCAAGCAUGCCAGAAGUGGAAUAGUAGUGAAAGAUGUCUCCAUCAGAGUAGAGGACAUUUUGACUGGAAAAUUGCCCGAAUGUAAUGAAAAUAAUGAAUCUUUUUUAUGGAGUACGACCAGCCCUUCUCCAACUCUGGGCAGAGCGACGCCCCCAUCGCGUACCCCUUACUCAUCCAGCGCAGUGGUGCAGAGCAAGAUCAGCUCUGUGUGGAAAGAGCCUAUCAGUUUUGUAGUGACACAUCUGAGACCUUACACGACGUAUCUCUUUGAAGUUUCGGCUGUUACAACGGAAGCAGGUUAUAUUGAUAGUACCAUUGUCAGAACACCAGAAUCAGUGCCUGAAGGACCCCCACAAAACUGUGUAACAGGCAACGUCACAGGAAAAUCCUUUUCAAUUUCAUGGGACCCUCCAACUAUAAUAACAGGGAAAUUUAGUUACAGAGUUGAAUUAUAUGGACCGUUAGGCCGGAUUUUGGAUAAUAGCACAAAAGACCUUAAGUUUGUAUUCUCCAACCUAACACCAUUUACAGUAUAUGAUGUCUACAUUGCGGCUGAAACCAGUGCAGGGAUUGGACCCAAGUCAAAUCUUUCAAUAUUCACUCCACCAGAUGUUCCAGGUGCAAUAUCUGAUUUACAGCUUGCAGAGGUAGAAGCCACACAAGUGAGAAUUACUUGGAAGAAACCACGACAACCGAAUGGAAUUAUUAACCAAUACCGAGUGAAAGUACUAGUUUCAGAGACAGGAAAAAUUUUGGAAGAUACUUUGCUCACAGGGAAGAAUGAGUAUGUAAACGAUCCUGUGGCUCCAGAAAUCAUGAACAUAUUAGAGCCAAUGGCAGGAUUAUACGAAGGUUCAGCGGAGAUGCCUUCUGACCUGCACUCGCUUGCCUCAUUUCUGUAUUAUAGUCAUCCAUAUAAUAUUCUUCCUGCAAGGAGUAGAGCUGACGAUCAGAAUUCACCAGCUGUCCUGGCGAGGAAUCAGUAUCUCACUGAUAUUGAUGCUGAGCAGCUGUCUUACAUUAUCAGGCGACUCACACCUUUCACUGAGCACAUGAUUAGUGUGUCUGCUUUCACCAUCAUGGGAGAAGGACCACCAACGGCUCUCAAUGUCAGGACACGGGAGCAAGUUCCAAGCUCCAUUCAAAUUAUAAAUUAUAAAAAUAUUAGUUCUUCAUCAAUCUUGUUAUACUGGGAUCCUCCAGAAUAUCCCAAUGGAAAAAUAACUCAUUAUACAAUUUAUGCAAUGGAACUGGAUACAGACAGAGCCUUCCAGAUGACGACUACAGAUACCCGCUUUCUUAUAACAGGAUUAAAGAAAUACACAAAAUACAAAAUGAGAGUGGCUGCCUCAACCCACGUUGGAGAAAGUUCUUUGUCUGAAGAAAAUGAUGUCUUUGUGAGAACCUUAGAGGACGAACCGGAGUCAUCACCUCAAGAUCUUGAAGUAAUAGACAUCACUGCAAAUGAGAUAAGGUUGAAGUGGUCCCCACCCGAGAAACCCAAUGGGGUCAUCAUUGCUUAUGAAGUGCUCUAUAAAGAUACAGAUUCUUUAUUUAUAAAGAACUCCUCCACAACAAGCAUCAUUUUAGAGGACUUAAAACCCUAUACCCUCUAUAACAUUUCCGUGAGGUCAUACACUAGGUACGGCCACGGCGACCAGGUGUCUUCCGUGCUCUCUGUAAGAACAUCGGAGACUGUACCUGAUAGUGCACCAGAAAAUAUUACCUACAAAAAUAUAUCUUCUGGAGAGAUCGAACUAUCAUUCCUUCCCCCAAAUAGUCCCAAUGGAAUCAUACAAAAAUAUACAAUUUAUCUCAAGAGAAGUAAUGGAAAUGAGGAAAGAAUUAUAAAUACAACCUCGUUAACCCAAAACAUCGAAGGACUAAAGAAAUAUACCCAAUAUUUGAUUGAAGUAUCUGCUAGUACCCUCAAAGGUGAAGGUGUUCGGAGUGUCCCCAUCAGCGUACUGACUGAGGAAGAUGCUCCUGAUUCUCCUCCUCAAGAUUUCUCUGUAAAACAGUUGUCUGGUGUCACUGUGAAGUUGUCAUGGCAACCACCCCUGGAGCCAAAUGGAAUUAUCCUCUAUUACACAGUUUAUGUCUGGGAUAGAUCAUCAUUAAAAACUAUUAAUGUAACUGAAACGUCACUGGAGUUGUCAGAUUUGGAUUACAACAUUGAAUAUAAUGCCUACGUGACAGCGAGUACCAGGUUUGGGGAUGGGAAAACAAGAAGCAGUAUCCUUCACUUUCGAACACCAGAGGGGGCUCCUAGUGACCCUCCCAAAGACGUUCAUUAUGUAAACCUCAGCUCUUCAUCAAUCAUUCUCUAUUGGAAACCUCCUUUAAAACCUAAUGGUAUCAUACAAUUCUAUUCUGUUUACUACAGAAAUUCUUCCGGUACUUUUAUGCAGAAUUUUACACUCGAUGAAGUAACCAUUGACAAUAUGGCCAUAUCUGCAAUAAUAGAUAAACUGGCAAUAUUCAGCCACUAUACAUUUUGGUUAACAGCAAGUACUUCAUGUGGAAAUGGGAAUAAAAGCAGUGACAUAGUUCAAGUGUACACAGAUCAAGACAUACCUGAAGGGCUUGUUGGAAACCUGACUUACGAGUCUAUUUCGUCAACUGCAGUAAAUGUAAGCUGGGUGCCACCGGCUCAACCAAACGGUCUAGUCUUCUAUCAUGUUUCACUGAGCUUACAGCAGACUCCUGGCGACGUGAGACCACCUCUAGUUACCUAUGAGCGAAGCAUAUAUUUUGACAAUCUGGAAAAAUAUACUGAUUAUAUAUUAAAAAUCACUCCAUCAACAGAAAAGGGAUUCUCUGAUGCCUAUACUGCUCAGCUCCACAUCAAAACUGAAGAGGAUGUCCCCGAGACGUCACCAAUCAUCAACACUUUUAAAAACCUUUCCUCUACCUCAGUCCUCUUAUCGUGGGAUCCCCCAGUAAAGCCAAACGGUGUGAUAAUGAGUUAUGAUUUACUUUUACAAGGACCAAAUGAAAAUCAUUCUCUCGUUAUUUCCGAUAACUAUAUAAUAUUGGAGGAACUUUCACCAUUUACACUAUAUAGUUUUUUUGCUGCCGCAAGAACUAUAAAAGGCCUCGGUCCUUCCAGUAUUCUUUUCUUUUACACAGACGAGUCAGCGCCCUUAGCGCCUCCUCAAAACUUGACUCUAAUCAACUACACUUCAGAUUUUGUGUGGCUGAAAUGGAGCCCGAGUCCUCUGCCAGGCGGUAUUGUUAAAGUCUAUAGUCUUAAAAUUCAUGAACGUGAAACUGAUACUAUAUUUUAUAAGAAUAUUUCAGGUUUUCAAACUGAGGCCAAACUCGUUGGGCUGGAACCAGUAAGCACCUAUUCUAUCAGCGUGUCCGCCUUUACCAAAGUCGGGAAUGGCGAUCAGUUUAGUAACGUAGUGAAAUUCACAACCCAAGAGUCAGUUCCAGAUGCUGUGCAGAAUAUACAGUGUUUGGCAACUAGCUGGCAGUCAGUUUUAGUGAAAUGGAAUCCACCCAAAAAGGCAAAUGGAAUAAUUACUCAUUAUAUGAUAACACUUGAAAGGAAUUCUACAAAAGUCUCUCCCCAAGAUCACAUGUACAUUUUCACAAAGCUCCUUGCCAAUACCUCAUACGUCUUUAAAGUGCGAGCUUCAACCUCAGCUGGUCACGGGGAUGAAAGCGUGUGCCACAGCAGCACACUACCCGAAGCAGUUCCCAGUGUUCCCACAAAUAUUGCUCUUUCUAAUGUUCAGUCAACUAGUGCGACAUUGACGUGGAGAAGGCCUGACGCUAUCUUUGGCUACUUUCAAAAUUACAAGAUUAUCAUUCAACUUCUCGCUCAACACUGCGGAGAAUGGGAAUCUGAAGAAUGCGUUGAGGACCAAAAAGUCCAGUACCUCUAUGAAGCUGACCUAACUGAAGAGACAGUGUACGGAUUGAAGAAAUUUAGAUGGUAUAGAUUCCAGGUGGCUGCCAGCACCAAUGCUGGCUAUGGCAACGCUUCCAGGUGGAUUUCUGCUCAAACCCUGCCUGGCCCUCCGGAUGGCCCUCCUGAAAAUGUCUAUGUAGUAGCAACCUCACCUUUCAGCAUCAAUAUCAGCUGGAGUGAACCUGCUGUCAUUACCGGACCCACGUUUUAUCUGAUCGAUGUCAAAUCGGUGGACAAUGAUGAAUUUAAUAUUACUUUCCUCAAGUCGAAUGAGGAAAAUAAAACCAUAGAAGUUAAAGAUUUAAACAUAUUCACAAAGUAUUCUGUGGUCAUCACAGCAUUUACUGGAAACAUUAGCGCUGCCUACAUGGGCGGGAAGUCCAGUGCUGAAGUGAUUGUUACUACUUUAGAAUCAGCCCCCAAGGAUCCACCUAACAACGUGACAUUUCAGAAAAUUCCAGAUGAAGUUACAAAAUUCCAGUUAACAUUUCUUCCUCCUUCUCAACCUAAUGGAAACAUCCAAGUAUAUCAAGCUUUGGUUUAUCGAGACGAUGAUCCUACUGCUUUUCAGAUCCGCAACCUCAGUAUUAUCCAGAAAACGGACACGUCUGUCAUUGCAGUGUUGGAAGGAUUGAAAGGUGGACAUACGUAUAAUAUCAGUGUAAGCAUGUCUCCAGCACGACCAAAACCCAAGCCAAUCCCUAUUUAUGAUGCCACAGGAAAACUGCUGGUGACUUCCACAACUAUCACAAUCAGAAUGCCAAUAUGUUACUACAGUGACGAUCACGGGCCAAUCAAAAAUGUCCAAGUGCUUGUGGCAGAAACGGGAGCCCAGCUUGACGGAAAUGUAACAAAGUGGUAUGAUGCAUAUUUUAAUAAAGCAAGGCCAUAUUUUACAAACGAAGGCUUUCCUAACCCUCCAUGUACAGAGGGAAAGACGAAGUUUGGUGGCAAUGAAGAAAUCUACGUUAUAGGUGCUGAUAACACAUGUAUGAUCCGUGGCAAUGAAGAUAAAAUUUGCAAUGGACCCCUGAAGCCCAAAAAGCAAUACCUAUUUAAAUUUAGAGCCACAAAUAUCAUGGGACAAUUUACAGAUUCUGAUUAUUCUGACCCCAUUAAGACUUUAGGUGAAGGCCUUUCAGAGAGAACUGUAGAGAUCAUUCUGUCAGUCACUUUGUGUAUUCUGUCAAUAAUUCUUCUUGGAACAGCUAUCUUUGCAUUUGCAAGGAUUCGACAGAAGCAGAAAGAGGGUGGUACCUACUCUCCUCGGGAUGCAGAAAUUAUUGACACUAAAUUCAAGCUGGACCAGCUCAUCACAGUGGCAGACCUGGAACUGAAGGACGAGAGAUUAACGCGGUUGCUUAGUUAUAGAAAAUCCAUCAAGCCCAUAAGCAAGAAGUCUUUCCUGCAACACGUCGAAGAGCUCUGCACAAACAACAAUCUGAAGUUCCAAGAAGAAUUUUCGGAAUUGCCAAAAUUUCUUCAGGAUCUUUCUUCAACUGAUGCCGACUUGCCUUGGAAUAGAGCGAAAAAUCGCUUUCCAAACAUAAAACCAUAUAAUAACAACAGAGUGAAGCUGAUAGCUGACGCUAGUGUUCCAGGAUCAGAUUAUAUUAAUGCCAGCUAUGUUUCCGGCUAUUUAUGUCCCAAUGAGUUUAUUGCCACUCAAGGUCCACUACCAGGAACAGUUGGAGAUUUUUGGAGAAUGGUGUGGGAGACUAGAGCAAAAACAUUAGUAAUGUUAACCCAGUGUUUUGAAAAAGGACGGACCAGAUGCCAUCAAUAUUGGCCGGAGGACAACAAGCCAGUUACUGUCUUUGGAGAUAUAGUGAUUACAAAGCUAAUGGAGGAUGUUCAAAUAGAUUGGACCAUCCGGGAUCUCAAAAUUGAAAGGCAUGGGGAUUGCAUGACUGUUCGACAGUGUAACUUUACGGCUUGGCCUGAGCAUGGCGUUCCUGAAAACAGUGCUCCUCUAAUUCACUUUGUGAAGUUGGUUCGAGCAAGCAGAGCGCAUGACACCACACCUAUGAUUGUUCACUGCAGUGCUGGCGUUGGAAGGACGGGAGUUUUUAUAGCUCUGGACCACUUAACGCAGCAUAUAAAUGACCAUGACUUUGUGGAUAUAUAUGGACUAGUAGCUGAGCUGAGGAGCGAGAGAAUGUGCAUGGUGCAGAAUCUGGCACAAUACAUCUUUUUACACCAGUGCAUUUUGGAUCUCUUAUCAAAUAAAGGAAGCAAUCAGCCCAUCUGCUUUGUUAACUACUCAGCGCUUCAAAAGAUGGACUCUUUGGAUGCCAUGGAAGGUGAUGUUGAGCUCGAAUGGGAAGAAACCACCAUGUAAACAUUUCAGACUGAAGACUACAACUGGAAGAUAUUUUCAAACCCCAGGGGCCAAAAUUACCCCCUCAUUCUUCUUAAUUGAAAUGUGCGGCCUUAGAGAGAACUCUGCACUCCCCUUCCUGUGCCUUACCAACUGGAUCAGCCAUUCCAUGAAGACUUCUAGAAAACAGCUAAUUCGGAAUGGUUAUUUGUUUUGUACAGAACAAAUGUUAUAAUUUAAAAUGUUUAAGAGAAGAC